CAAGCGCGUACAUAUGUACAACGAAUGUGAUAAGAGGCGAAAUCUGUCAAGCGCCAGCUGAUUUUAGCCCGCGCGCGCUGUAUACCAAAAACUGGAAGAGCGACGCACACAUCGGUCGUCAGAUUGUCGCGCUAAUUUGCGUCGAUUUCUCGACCCCGUUUUAAACCAGACACGUACAUACGUAUAUGCGCGUAUAUAACGUUACCUCCUCGGCGAGAACGUGUCGAACGUGACAUCCGUUGACGCCCCAUUAUUACCCAUAUUAAUCGCGGCCGUGCUACGAACGACGUUCUGAUUUCCAUGUAUGCACAAGCGAGAGACAGACCGCGGUCAUUUGCUGUCGCGCGUGUAACACGGCGUGAAAAGUGGCCUGUGUUUGGGUUCGCUUCUCACUCUCGCAAGUACACACACAACACGGGUAGUUCAUGUAUUGACACAUUGCCAAUAUGGCGCUCAAGUGGAAGACUAUAGACUCGCGUAGCACGCAUCAUGAUCUCAUUCCCAUUCAGUGAGAAUUUUCCCAGACACACAGGAAUUAAACUUUCUUACAUUAACAAUAAGUUGGAGUUUAUUUGGAGACCUGCUGCUGGCAGCUAUAACCAUGAUGCCAAGUUUACGGAAGAAAGUUGCCGGUUUCAUGCGCCAACUAUCUAUUAGCAACUUAGCUGGAGCUGUAGAGAGUAUAGGUCUUGGAGAACAACCACUUAGAAACCCACGAUCAUUAACUCAGGAUUUUCCUGGUGGCUGUUUCAUCACACGCUACCUCAAUGGGCUAGAAGCAAAACAAGAAGGACCACCUAUUUUGCAUGGUAGAAAUCCAGAAGAAUUGCCAAGUAGGCAGCUUGACAAUUUUCUAGAAAAUGAAGAAAUAUUUGCAGCUUAUACUGGUCCUGAUAGUGGUCUUACAGCAGUUAAUCUUCAGCAGAAACAUUUAAGUAUUAGUGAUACUGAUAUUGAUUAUAUUGACAUGCUAGAUCAAAAUGAACAAUAUAGAAGUGGAUCAACAACAUCAAAUGUUACAGUUGCCGGAGUUACUGAUUGGUUCAAUCCUCAUGAAAAUGCAUAUGGAAUUGCAACUACAUUGUAUGAGAAAAAUCCUAUAAACGAUACUAAUAAUGGAGAACCAAUAGCUGAUUGCUUUGGUAUUGUAGCAAGACCAAACUCCGCUAUAUUAGCUCUUGCAGAUGGUGUUAAUUGGGGUACAAAAGCAAGUAUAGCAGCCAGAUCUGCGGUCCAUGGAAGUAUUGAAUAUUUGAAUCGAGCACUAUUCUGUCCAUCUAUAAAUAGUGAAAUGACGACAACAAAAGAUGUAUUUAUUGCGUUACUACGAUCAUUCCAUGCAGCACAUUCUUUAAUUCUUCAGGAACAAGGAAUGCUUACUACUUUAACAGUAUGCACAGUCCUUCCACUGCCAAGUUCAAAUACUGAUACAAAUAUAUGCCAGAAAAAAUAUAUUGCUUGUACCUGCAAUGUUGGUGAUAGUUUGGCUUAUGUAUAUUCGAGGAAAACUGGUGUGAGAGAGAUAACACGAGGAUCUCAUGACAUUCACUGCAUGCGAGACAUGCGAGAUGCCUUAGGAGCUCUAGGUCCAGUAGACGGCUCUAAUCCUGAAUUGAAUAACUUAACGCUGGCUAUAACGGAAGUCGAAAGAGGCGAUAUAGUAUUUUUGACAAGUGAUGGAAUUUCGGAUAACUUCGAUCCUGUGGUCGGAAAAUUUGCAGUUUUACCCAAUCAUAGCAGUGGCGCUGACGCCACGCGGCAAAGUCAUGAUGCGAGAUCGAGAACUCGUCGAAGAUCUGUAGAAAAUUUGCGACAUACAGAAUCGAGUAACAGUAACGGGAAUAGCAACAACCUGCCUAUAGUUGAAGCUUAUCAAAGACAUGAACUUACAUUGCUCAGGAUGGAAGAUUUAUUGAGACGUGGAGUUUCUGGAGAAGGGCCACCGUGCAAUAGUGCCAAACAUCUCUGUGAACUUCUUUUAGACUUCGCAGUGCGCAUAACUGCUGCGAAGAGACGAAUUUUAGAAGAUACGGAAUUGUAUUAUGCACAACAGAAAGAUGGUCAAUUAAUACAGCUUUCAAAGCAAGAACAAAGAUCCCGAAGGAAAAAGACAUUAGAGAAGAUAUCUAUGAUACCUGGCAAGCUAGAUCACGCAACGGUUGUUGCAUAUGUAGUCGGAUCCUAAAUUUUUUCGACGUAUAAUUUGUAAUUUAGAAUUACAAAUAAUAUAGUUUUUUUAUUUGUAUGAAAGUUAGUAAAAAUUAAGCUUUCUAUAUAUUCUGACGUAUAUUCUCUAGAAUUAAAUAAAAAUUAUAUCUUUUACAAGUCACUGUCACAAAUUUACUCUUUAUAAAUAGUUGCAAUAAAAGUGUAAAA